AUGACCGACACCCGGCGGCGGGUGAAGGUUUACACGCUCAACGAGGACCGGCAGUGGGACGACCGGGGCACCGGGCAUGUGUCGUCAGGCUACGUGGAGCGGCUGAAGGGCAUGUCCCUGCUUGUCAGGGCUGAGAGCGACGGCUCUCUACUUUUAGAAUCCAAAAUAAAUCCUAACACUGCAUACCAGAAACAACAGGAUACUUUGAUUGUGUGGUCUGAAGCUGAAAAUUAUGAUUUGGCCCUUAGCUUUCAAGAAAAAGCUGGAUGUGAUGAAAUUUGGGAGAAAAUAUGUCAGGUUCAAGGAAAGGACCCUUCAGUGGACAUCACUCAGGACCUUGUAGAUGAAUCUGAAGAGGAGCGUUUUGAUGAUAUGUCAUCGCCAGGUUUAGAAUUACCAUCUUGUGAAUUAAGUCGCCUUGAGGAAAUUGCAGAACUUGUGGCAUCAUCUUUACCGUCCCCCCUGCGUCGUGAAAAACUUGCACUAGCACUGGAAAAUGAGGGUUACAUUAAAAAGCUUUUAGAGCUUUUUCAUGUGUGUGAGGAUUUGGAAAAUAUUGAAGGACUGCACCACUUGUAUGAAAUUAUCAAAGGCAUCUUUCUCUUGAAUCGAACUGCUCUUUUUGAAGUUAUGUUCUCUGAGGAAUGUAUAAUGGAUGUCAUUGGAUGCUUAGAAUAUGAUCCUGCUUUAUCACAACCACGAAAACACAGGGAAUUUCUAACAAAAACAGCCAAGUUUAAAGAAGUGAUUCCCAUAUCAGAUCCUGAGCUGAAACAAAAAAUUCAUCAGACAUACAGAGUCCAGUACAUACAAGAUAUGGUUCUACCCACCCCAUCAGUCUUCGAAGAAAAUAUGUUAUCAACACUUCACUCCUUCAUUUUUUUCAAUAAGGUAGAAAUUGUUGGUAUGUUACAGGAAGAUGAAAAAUUUCUGACAGAUUUGUUUGCACAACUAACAGAUGAAGCAACAGAUGAGGAAAAAAGACAGGAAUUGGUUAACUUUUUAAAAGAAUUUUGUGCAUUUUCCCAAACACUGCAACCUCAAAAUAGAGAUGCUUUUUUCAAGACUUUGUCAAAUAUGGGCAUAUUACCAGCUUUGGAAGUCAUCCUUGGCAUGGAUGAUACACAGGUGCGAAGUGCUGCUACUGAUAUAUUCUCAUACUUGGUUGAAUAUAACCCAUCCAUGGUACGAGAGUUUGUCAUGCAGGAGGCACAGCAAAACGAUGAUGUAAGUAAGAAGUUAACAGAGCAAAAAAUAACCAACAAGGAUAUUUUGCUCAUCAACCUCAUUAUAGAACAUAUGAUUUGUGAUACAGACCCUGAACUUGGAGGAGCAGUCCAACUUAUGGGCCUGCUUCGAACUUUAGUUGACCCAGAGAACAUGUUAGCUACUGCCAAUAAAACAGAAAAGACUGAAUUUCUGGGUUUCUUCUACAAACACUGUAUGCAUGUCCUCACUGCUCCUUUACUGGCGAAUACAACAGAAGACAAACCUAGCAAAGAUGAUUUUCAGACUGCCCAGUUGUUGGCACUCGUAUUGGAAUUGUUAACAUUUUGUGUGGAGCACCAUACCUACCACAUAAAGAACUACAUUAUUAAUAAGGACAUCCUGCGGAGAGUGCUAGUUCUCAUGGCUUCGAAGCAUGCUUUCUUGGCAUUAUGUGCUCUUCGUUUUAAAAGAAAGAUUAUCGGAUUAAAAGAUGAGUUUUACAACCGCUACAUAAUGAAAAGUUUUUUGUUUGAACCAGUAGUCAAAGCAUUUCUCAACAAUGGAUCCCGCUACAACCUGAUGAACUCUGCUAUCAUAGAGAUGUUCGAAUUCAUUAGAGUGGAAGAUAUAAAGUCACUGACUGCUCAUGUCAUUGAAAAUUACUGGAAAGCACUGGAAGAUGUAGAUUAUGUACAGACAUUUAAAGGGUUAAAAUUGAGAUUUGAACAACAAAGGGAAAGGCAAGAUAAUCCCAAACUUGACAGUAUGCGUUCCAUUUUGAGGAACCACAGGUACCGCAGGGAUGCCAGGACGCUCGAGGACGAAGAGGAGAUGUGGUUCAACACGGACGAAGACGACAUGGAGGACGGAGAGGCCGCGGUGUCUCCAUCCGACAAAACGAAAACCGAUGACGACAUCAUGGACCCAAUAAGUAAAUUCAUGGAAAGAAAGAAAUUAAAAGAAAGCGAGGAAAAGGAGGUGCUUCUGAAAACCAAUCUUUCUGGCCGGCAGAGCCCAAGUUUCAAGCUUUCCCUCUCCAGUGGGACAAAGACUAACCUCACCAGCCAGUCACCUGCAGCAAAUCUGCCUGGUUCUCCAGGAUCGCCGGGGUCCCCAGGAUCUCCGGGCUCUCCUGGAUCGGUCCCUAAAAAUACAUCUCAGACGGCAGCUAUUACUACCAAGGGAGGCCUUGUGGGUCUGGUAGAUUAUCCCGAUGAUGAUGAAGAUGAUGAUGAGGAUGAAGACAAGGAAGACACGCUACCAUUGUCAAAGAAAGCAAAGUUUGAGUCAUAAUAAUGGCAACUGCCUACAAUCAGUACCUGUAGAAAAACUGGUUCUCUACCCCGACCCCCUACAAAAUCCACAACAAAGCAGUGGUCUCUUGUGAACGACUGACACAGAUCAGCCUCGCACACUUGACUUCUGCUCAUCAAGUGCCAAUUCAAUGGAGCAGGAGGAGGGGAUAUUACACACUGGGGGAAAGACAUAAGCCUUUGAGCUCUCCAGCUUGGACCACACAUUGCCCUUUUCUCAGGGAAGGAAAUGGAAACAUAAAGCCAACAGGGCAGGGGUUUUCUAAGUGGAUUGACUGGUCAGUUGCUACAAUCAAUAUGCUUUCUCGGACCAUGUUUGGGACUCAGAAGAAUAGGCUUUUUGGCCAUAAUUCUUAACUAGUUAAGAAUGCCAGCAGUUUCUUUGUAUAAAGAGACCUGCCUUUAAAAUCGUACAUUCUGAACAUUUUAGUCAAACUACAACAGGUUUGGAAAACCUAUGGGGGAGGGGCGAAUAUAAAGUUUCCUCUUUUUUAUCUGUUCCCUUUGCCCUUCGAACUGCAGAUUUUUUUUAAAGUGGGGUUUUGUCCCUGCUUUAUUAAAGAUUGAGUGGAAUUCUA